AUGCUACACGUGAGAAAGCGUGAUAAAUUGGGCUCGUACACACAUAUAUAUGGCAAGAUCAUGUCAGACGAUCCCUCUGCUAAUGGAGGAUCUGCUCGAGGAAAGAGUAGUCUGUGGGUACGUCUCCGCAAACGUCUCUUGCGCCGUGGCGUCGUGGAGAUUGACAUCGACCACCACAGAUAUAAAAUGCUCAACUGUAUCAGAGAGGGCAUACGUAACCUCCUACUCAAACAUCCAGAACUUGCACCAAAGGAUAAGUUGACUCCAGAUGACUAUAGCCAUGAAGUAGAAGAAUCUUUCGAAACCAAGAAAGGAAAGACCUUCACCUUCUGUAGUUACGCCAGUCCUGUUUUUGCCUCCAUAAGAAGAGCUGUCAGUGUAACAGAGAAUGAGUAUCUCUCGGCCAUAGCACCACCAUCACUUCCUUAUUUGGAGUUUAUUAGUAACUCUAAAAGUGGCCAAGACUUCUACCUCAGUAAUGAUCAGCAGUACAUCCUGAAGACAGAUAAGGAACAUAGUGUUCAGUACUUCCUGUCAUUACUUGGUGAAUAUCUGGAACAUUUCCAGUUGUAUCCUCACUCACUCAUUGUGAAAUUCCUUGGCCUCUACUCUAUACAGAUAGAAGGGGAACCAAAGAUAUAUUUCCUGACGAUGCAGAGUGUCUUUUAUCCCCCAAGUAACAUUGGCACAAGGUUUGAUGUCAAGGGCUGUUUAGGAGGACGCUAUCAGAAGCCAAAUACUGAUGAGGAUGUUUUAACCAUACUUAAAGACCAAAAUUUUGAACACGAGACUAUUCAUCUAGGUGUGCAGAAAGCAUGGUUUGUGCAGCAGUUGAAAUUGGAUGUUAAUUUUUUCCGUGACCUUGGAGUUCAAGAUUACAGUCUUUUGAUUGGUCGACAGAAGCGCUCAAAGCCUGGAAAUGAUAAUUCUCUUCCCAGUGUUGUACAGAGAGUGCGAAGGUCAUUGCCACAAGCAUCGCGGAAUUCUGUGAGCCCAUUGAAUGAUGUUUGUACAGUAAAACAAGUGGGUGCUUCAUCCUGGGAGAUAGAAAUGAUACCAGUGGUUUCAGAGAAACAGGCCCCCUCAACAACUGUACAAGGGGAGACAACUGAGACAGAAUUUAUGGAGAAAGAUGACUGUAACCAACAGGUUCAUAGCAACACUGGAACUUGCAGCCUUAAAAAUCUUCUCCGGCAAUCAAUGGAGUCUGAAAAGUACCAACCAUCUAAUCUGCGACUUUUACCGAACUGUAGAAAUCCUCUACAUGUAAUUGAUGGCGAAGAUUACAGGUACUAUGUGGGGAUCAUUGAUUUCUUUACACAGUAUGAAUGUAGGCAGAGAGUGGCCAGAGUGUUGAAAACAUUGAAAAAUUGGACUUCAGACCAUUCUACUGUUCCUCCAGAUAUCUACGCAGAUAGAUUUCUGAAAUUUAUCACAGACAGAAUAAAAUAA